AUGUCAUCCUUAAAGCAUGCUGUUCAUAGACGGGCCCACAAGGAACGAUCUCAACCAAAAGAAAGGAAAAGGUUUGGACUUCUUGAGAAACACAAGGACUAUGUUGUUCGUGCAAAGGCCUUUCAUAAAAAAGAGGAUUACUUACAAAAACUCAAGGAAAAGGCAGCAUUCAAGAAUCCAGAUGAAUUCUACUUCAAGAUGAUCAACUCCAAGACUGUUGAUGGAGUACAUAAACAGGCAGGUGACCCAAACAAAUACACUCAAGAAGAACUCCUGUUGAUGAAGUCACAAGAUAUAGGUUAUAUCUUGCAGAAAGUUCAAUCUGAGAAAAAGAAAAUCGAAAAGCUAACUGCAACACUACACUCACUUGAUUCUCAGCCUUCAAACAGACAUGUAUAUUAUGCUGAAGAUAGGGAAGAUGCUAAGAGAAUACUAUCAGAAACAAAGAGUGCUGGUGGAUUUCAAGCUUUUGAAGAUUUGCCUGGUAAAAUUAAAAGGAGGACAGCUGCUUCCUACAGAGAGUUGGAAGCAAGAAGAGGAAGAGUUCAAGAACUGGAGAAAGUUUAUAAUGAAAUGGCAAUGAAACAAGAAUUACAGAAAAAGGGUAAAAAAAGAAGGCUGCGUGAAGAUGAGAUUGUUUGCCCUAGUUCUAGACCAGUAUACAAGUGGAAAACAGAACGCAAACGUUAAAAAAAAGGAUAGAAGUUUUUCGGGGAAUUAAGUUCCUAUGUGUUUUGCUUUUUUUUUUUUUUGUUGUCAAAGUAAGGAUUUUUUUUUUUUUUUUUUUUUUUUGGUAUCUUUUAAAUGAUUUCUUGAAUGUGGAAACCAUUUAAAUUAUAUAUUUUGAAGCAUAUAUGGGUGCUAUAGCCUAUAAGUAUGUUUUUUUUUUAAACUUUAUUUUGUAUCCAUAAGAGCAACAGAUUAUUAAUUUUUUUUUUACCUUUUGCAACAUGAAACCUACAAAUUGUUGACGAGAAAUUGUAUAAUGAUGUUAUGUGUAUGUUUUAACAAAACGUGUUCUUAAUUACAAUAACUAGAUAUUGG